GGGACAGGAUAGGAUACAAGUAUAGGAGACAUAGUAGUUUGUGCAGUUGAGUUGAUACAAUGUGGGCUGAUGUAGUUUAUGUUGCAUUGCUGUUGUUCUGUGUAUUUUUCGGAUUUUAUUAUCGAAAAAUUGAAGAUCCAGAAGCAAAGAAAUGGAUUGGCACGAUUAUUGGCAUCCUAUUGACAGGAAUUGUUUCUGGACGUCAUAUAUUUUUUCCUUUGAUUCUGACUAUAAUUAAUGCGGUUAUUAUAACCAAGAUUUCCUUAAAGAAAUGUCACAUAGUCAGCUUUAUUUUUUCGUUUUUUUACCUACUUGUUAUAUGUCGAUUAGGGGAUUACAUUGGUUUGCCUGUACCAGCAAAUCAUACAAAUCUUAUACUGAUGAUAUUAACAUUAAAAUUAUCUGGUCUAGCUUUUGAACUAAAUGCAUCUAUUAAUCCUCCAGUUGAUGAUUUAGAAGGUGUACGUAAUGAAGCAAUGAAAAAUGUUGGAUUCUUAGAUGUCUUUCAUUAUGGCUUUGGAUAUAUGGGACUUUUAACUGGACCAUAUUACCGAUAUAGAACGUAUUGGGAUCAUCUAUAUAGACCAUUUUCUAAAGUAGUAGAUCCAUGGCCAUUUACAUUAUACAAACUGAAACAAGUUGCAUGCUUUCUUGUGCUUUUUUUUAUAAUGGAUUAUUAUUACCCCACUAGAUAUAUUUUAACAGAGGAAUAUGCAGAAAGAUCUUUUCUUUAUAGACACUUUUAUAUGUAUCCUACAUUUGUACUUUUUCGAGCACGAAUGUAUAUUGGAAUGAGUUUAGCAGAAUGUGGGUGUCAAAUGGCUGGACUAGGAGCAUAUCCUACAAGAUGUAAGCCUAUACAAGGACUAGGACCUAAAGAUUAUAAAACAACAGAGGAACUAUGUAAAACACCUGAGAAAUUGGAAAAUGAAGAAUUGGAUUUUGAAACUGUAUACAACAUGAAUGUUUGGAAAUUAGAAAAAUGCAAUUCGACAAGAACAGCUAUGAAAAUAUGGAACAAUUGUGUUCAAUAUUGGUUUGGUGUCUAUAUCUAUAAACGAUUGCCAAUAAAAAGUAUGCGAGCUGUCUUAACUUUGCUGCUUUCUGCUAUCUGGCAUGGUUGGUCAGCUGGUUAUGUUGUUUGCUUUUGUCAAAUUCCUCUUUUUAUGUUAUCCGAAGAUAUAUUCAUCAAAUUUUAUCAGCAAACAGAAAACAGUAUUGCAAAAAAAUUGUGGUACUUGCUAGGAUGGUAUGAGAAAACAACUUGCAUGGCAUACUUGGGAAUGUCAUUUUUACUAUUAGAUUUCAAAGAAAAUCUGGUUUAUUACAAACUUGUUCAUUUCUCCGGGCAUAUUAUAGCUCUUGUAUUAUAUAUUGUAGCUCUUUACUGCAAAUUAUAUAUUUGGAAGAAACCUACAGGAGAUAAGAUUAAAGAUAAAUAAUUUGUAACAUUUUUUAUCUUAUAUAUACAUUUGCAUGUCUUAAUAGCAUUUAGGAAUAUUUAAAUGAAAUAUAUAUGAUAAAGUUUUGCGUAAUUUUACGCAUCAAGCCAUUUAAGAUAUUACAUUUUUAAUAUAAAUGAUAGAAAUAUUUAUCACAAUUAUGAAUGAUCAUGCAUGAUUACAGUUAAGAUUGUAAGAAAAAUGUAAUAUAUUUUUAUUAAUAUUGUUAAAUUAUUCAACUUGUAGGACAAUGGAAAUUUUAGACUAAUACUAUUUAGAAAGUCGAGUAAAAGAUUGUUCGUGGAUAUUGAGAGGACUUGUAAUCUUCCAUUUGUACAAAUAAGAAAUAAAAAAUUCUAUUUCUUCAA